CCAACCACAGAAGGAAACCUGCCUCUCCAGCUCGUGCGCUUCUUAUAAUAGUUUUUGUUCAAACAUUAUUAGCCAGGGCAGAAGGUAGCUUUCAUUUAACUAUUUCCUUCUCCGUUUGUUGGUUUUAAUAUUUUUUAAAGCUUGUCCGCAGUUUCAACCAGAAUGACCGCCGUUUUAUCGCAGUCUCAUUUUAUUUUCGGACUCCGGAAAGGCGUGACUAACAAUUUGUGUUUUGUUGAUGAGCAAACGGUGGUGUUCCCCAGCGGAAACAGCUGUGUGAUCCAUAACACCACCCAAAGAUGGCAGCGCUUCAUUCCAGGUUCAGAGAAUAGUCUAGGUCUUCGUGCUCUGGCCCUAGGUCCAAACCGACGUUACCUGGCAGUGUCAGAGAAGGCUGAGAAGGCCUCCAUCACCGUGUUUGACCUGCAUCAUGAGCAGGGCAGGAAGAGAAGAGUUUUAACUGCAGGAGACUUAUUAGUUCAAGAGUUUUUAUGCAUGGCUUUCUCACCUGAUUCCAAGUACCUUAUUGGUCAAACUGGAGCUCCAGAGUGGAUGUUGAUCUUCUGGUUUUGGGAAAAAAACAAAGUCUUGGCAACAUUGAAGACAACCACCUCUAAUAAUCCCAUUUCACAGAUCAGCUUCAGUCCUCACAACAACAUGCAGGUCUGUGUAAGUGGCAACGGUGUGUUCAAGAUGUUUCGCUACUCAGAAGGGGUCCUAAAACAGAGCAGCACUGCAAAGGUGGAGAUGAUUAACUUCCUGUGUCACACCUGGUUGUCAGAGGACAGGGUCGUUGCAGGAACUGACACGGGGAGGCUGCUGGUGUCUGAGUCUGGGGACCUCAGGAAAGAGAUCAAGAUGUCCUCUAAAGCUGUGCAGGGCCAAGAUGACAGGCACCUGGAAGUGAGGCGAAUUAAAGACACUGAUGCUAACGAAGGUGUGUCCUUCAGUCGCAUCACCGCCAUCCUUUCCUACUCCAAGGGCUUUGUGUGCUCCACUGGUCUGGGCACAGUCUGCCUGUUUGAAAAGCUAGAGGAGGACGUCUAUAGGAAAAGCAGAGAGAUACAGAUCCUCCCAGAUCCAGCCAGCAGUGACUUCCCUCCUGCCCAGUGUCAGGAGAUAGACACCAUAUGCAUCAGUCCUGCAGAGGAGACGCUGGCUAUCAGCACAGACCGAGGGCAGCUGUACAGCAUGAAUCUGUCAUCUGCUGACACAAAGAGGGACGGACCGCUCCAUUUUGAGUUUUUGUCCCAGCCCUUCCACUCCAACUCCAUUACUGGUUUAUCCAUCUGCAUCCGUAAGCCCUUCAUGGCCACCAGCUCUUUAGACCGCUCUGUACGCAUCUGGAAUUACGAAACGAAAGAGUUGGAGCUGAACAAAGAGUUCCAGGAGGAGGCAUUCAGCGUGGCUCUGCACCCCACAGGUCUCUUCAUCUUAGUGGGCUUUUCAGACAAACUCAGGCUGAUGAACCUGUUUAUUGACGACAUCCGUACCUUCAAGGAGUUCACACUGCGUGGCUGCAGAGAGUGUGCUUUUAGCCAUGGUGGCCACAUGUUUGCAGCUGUUAAUGGAAACGUCAUUCACAUCUACUCUUUCACCUCUUUUGAGAAUAUUCUCAAUCUAAAGGGCCACAAUGGAAAGGUACGGACUAUUGAAUGGAGCCUUGAUGACAACCGGUUGGCGUCUUGUGGGACGGAUGGUGCUGUAUAUGAGUGGAACACACAGACUGGGAAGCGGGAGUCUGAGAGUGUCCUCAAGACCUGCAGCUACACAGGUGUAGCUUUCUCCUCAGACUUCAAGACCAUCCUGGCUGUAGGAACAGACCUCACCCUGAGGGAGAUACAGGACUUUCAGGUACUGAGGGAGGUCCCUGCUGACGAGAUAGCUCACACUGUACUUGCGGUGUCUCAUUCUGGUAGGGUUGUCUUUACUGGUACCUCCGCUGGGACCAUUAGAGCCAUUAAAUACCCCUUACCUAUUCAGAAGGAGUGGAUCACACAACAGGCUCACUGUGGCCUUGUCACCAGGAUGGUGAUAACAUACGAUGAUCAGUUCCUGCUGACGGUGUCUGAAGAUGGCUGUCUGCUGAUAUCAAAGAUCAUUGAUAAAGAGGGUCGAGGACUGAAGAGUAACAGACAGAUUGUCCACACCGAAGAGAUUCUUGUUACCAAGACAGAUCUGGAUGAGAAGGCUCACAAUAUGUUGGAGCUGAAGAUGCAUCUGGAGGAGCAGCACAUGGAGAAUGAGUACCAGCUCCGUCUGAAAGAGAUGAACUACAGCGAGAAGCUCAAAGAACAAUCAGACAAGUUCAUCCAGGAAAUCACGUCUCUGAAAACAACACAGAAGAUGCUGGAAACAGAAAUAGAGAGGCGUGAACGUGAGACUCAGCAGAACUCUACAGAAGCUGCAGUGAAACACUCCAAAAACCUGAAGGAUUUAGAGCAAUUCUACUCCUCCAAGCUGAUUCUGGAGCACAACAAAUAUGAAGACCUUCUGCAGAAGCAUGCACAAAUGCAGGAGAACUAUGAAAGGCAGCUGAAGUGUGCAGAGGAGAACAGAACCCAGGCUCUGGUUGACCUCACACAGACGUAUGAAGCCAAGCUGCAAGAUAAGACUCAACUCCUGGCUCAGUGUCAGGAGGAGGCUGAGCAGACGUUUCAUAAGUUUGAAGAAAUCAUAAAGCAGGCAGAGGAGGAGAAGGGAAAGAUGAUCCUAACCAUCCAAAGCAAGUAUGAGAAGCAGCUUCUCUCAGAGAAAGAGGCCAACAUAAAGCUGAAGGGAAAUAGUGGUAUUAUGACUCAAAAGAUCUACAGUCUUCAGAAGCAGAUUGAUGACCGCUUUGAGGACAUAAACAAGAUGAAGAAGGAGCGCCAGAGUCUGUUGGGGUUCAUCCGCUCCCUGGAGAGCGACAUUUAUGUCCUGAAGACACAGAUCUCUGGACAUGAAAAGACCAACCAGGACAAGGACAAAAUCAUAUUUGGCCUGAAGACUAUGAACCAGGAGCUGGAGAAGUUCAAGUUCAUCCUGGAAUUCCAGUUGAGUGAAAUGAAGAAGCAGACUGAGCCCCAGCAGGAUGAGAUAACAGAGAAAGCAGAGAGGAUCCAUAAGUUGGAGGAGGAGUUGUUGGAGAUUACCAAGAGUAACACUCAGCUGAAGCUCAGCAUCUCUGACCUGAGGCUCAAACUGAGGACCAAAGACAAAGAAAUGCGCAGGGAGAUUCAAAAGGUGAAGGAUUUGGAGACCCUUCUUGAACGGCUCAGGUCAGACCUUCAUGUUUGUGUCGGCCUCAUCCAGGAGCCCAGGAAGCUGAAAGACAGCGUUCUGAUGAUAUACGGCCGAUACGCCCCAAACGCUGACACCGUGGAGAGGAGCAGUGCAGAUGGAUCUCAGCCUUUGUGCCACCAACAUGAUCAUCUGGAGAAGACCAUUAACAGUCUUCAGAUGAAGCUGGUCAAAUCUGCUAAGGAACAUGAAAGAAUCUACGUCAAGAUCAUGAAGGAAAAUGUGACUCUCAUUACUGAAAUCAACGAACUACGCAAAGAGCUGCAUUCUGUGAGGACCAAGGCUAAAGAGGACAAAGUUCAGCUGGAACUCCUGAAGAAGUCCAGGUCACGUCCCAGGUCAGAGGAAGGGCCUAAAGAGGAGCCUUCACAUGAAGGAACCAAUUGAUCUCCUCGUCUCC